AAAGCUUAAAAUCAAUAGCUUUUUCUGCAUAAAAAAUUAAGUUUGUUGCAUGUACACAUUGUAAUCAGUUGAUAACUUAAUUUAAUGAGUUGGUCGAAAUGAAAAUAAAGAAAACAGUCUUAGCUCAGUAAUAUAUCGAUUUUGAACAGACAUUUCUGUGUUAACUUAACAUGAAAGUGUAUUCAGUUAAUACAACUUAAAAAUCUCGUAAGCGUCCUUUAAAAGCUGAGUACAAGGCUGACUUGCCCGGACAUGUUGUGCUCUCAGACCACUGAUCGAAAGAAACGGAGGCAAAGAGAGAAAGCGGAGAAGCGCCAUUUUGUACGGAACGUUAUCAAACGUUAAAGCUUUGUGACGCUCCAAUGUCUCAUCAAACCAAACUUAGGAUCGUUCUUCAGGACCAUGACAUUCGCAAACUUGACUUACCUCAUGGCCUCCCUGGGACUGUGGGUGAACUUGAGUCCAUUGUAAGAGAGACAUUUGGGCUUCAAGGGAACUUUACUUUGCAUUACAAGGAUGCUGAUUUUGGAGAGGAAUAUUUCAGUCUUACCUCAACAAGUGACAUCAAGGACAAGGACACAAUAAAAGUGGUUAACAUUGUUGAACCUCCCACAUUUACUCUGAACUUAACUGAAGUGAACACUUCCUUUGAAAGUGAAUCAGAAACCUCCAUCUGUAGCUCAGCAACCUCAGUCAGUACUUCAGUGACCGCCGUCGGUCCUCCCCAAAGCAGUUGCUCAUCCGGAUCCCAGGAUACACUGAUUCUAUCAUCACCUGAACAUGGGAUUCAGCGAUCACAGCGGUGGCCGGCUGAAUUUCCUGUACCUCGCUUUGCAUAUGACACAGAGCUUUUGCUUGCCUCAGGAAAUGAAGCUUUCAAGAAGGAUGGAAUUCCACUCAACUUUACCUCAAUCCUUCCAGACAUCCUUGAGAGACUGGCUGAAAGCGUCUUUCAGUAUGUUGCCUACCCAACAAGCGCACAGUUUCUGGAUGUUGCUGAGGCGCUGAUUCAGAAGCAUCCUUGCCUUAAAGAACCGGGGUCAUAUAAUGGAUGCUAUGGAUGGCAACAGAGACUAAAAUAUAAAAUGGGCAACUAUAGAACCAAGUUGAGAGGGCUCGGAUGCCCUGAACUUGAUGUGAACUCUCUCAGAAAGAAGCGACUACAUGAGAAAGCACCUGCAAAGAAUGUCAAAAAGCCAAAAAAGUCAGAAGUGAACUAUUUACCUCCUCACCCACAAGGAGAAACGGAAGAAAGUUUGGAAUAUGGAAGAGUGGAGCUCCUCAGUGAAGUGAGGAAGAGGGACAACUGUCAGAUCAUCAGUGACAAAAUGGCGAAGACAUUCUCCAUUCGCAGGCAGGAAGUUGUCAAUCAAGCACCAAAAAUCAAUGACCUGAAAGAAAGAUGGCCUGCUCUUUUUGAUGCAGUUCAGAUAAACCAAGAAUUCAGAAGGAUCACCACUGUUAACCUGGAGACAACAUUCAUGGCAAAGCUGGACCAGUACUCUCAGAAAAUAAUGUCCUUGCUGUCCUCAAGAGGAGGGGCUGCAAAAAUGCGCAUUCGGCGCAUCCAGAACAUGCUGCUAGAGGACGAUUCUGUGGAGAGAAGGCGAGAGGUCGCUAUCCGUGGCUUAGUGGUGUAUCUCAGGGAAAAGGAGGAGGAUCUCUUCAAAGAGCAGGAUGGUGGCGGGGAUAUUACCAAUGAAGUGAUGAAGAUUGUAACCAGAGGUGCCACAACGUCUGAUCCAGCCAGCGCAAGGAUCAUACUUGAAGGAACAGAAGUCCUAGCAGACCUGGAUGUACCCAGAGCCUGUGCCUUGCUAAUGGGGCUGAUAUAUGCACUCAACCUCAGCUACCCAAAAGAACUGAAAAACACUUUUGAAGUGUUUCAAAAGAUAUUCCUCGAGCUGGAUGAUCUGAAAGCCAGUCCUAAGGUAAUGUCACUAAAAAGUAAACUGUUGUACUAAAAAAUGUGAAGAGUGAGGCUAUCCUCAAAUUAAACGGGAAAUGUUCCACUGUUGUUUGCAAUGUGUUGUGUUACAUACUGUACAGUAGGCAGUAGGUGUAAAGUUGAGCGUUGAGCAUUAAGUACACCUAGUUCAAAAUAAUGCACUUUAAAAGGAUAGCUCGGGUCUUUUGAAGUGAGGCUGUAUGAGGUACAUAUGUAUAGUGAGUGUAUUACACACAGUAGAUGGCAGUCAGUAAGCUCCACCUACGGAGAAGCAGACGGGGCCACCGGCACGCAAGAUGAGCCUCCAUCCUAAUAAAACUGAUGUCAGUUUAAAUGUACAUUAUAUCAAGAAUAUGUUUACUGCUUUGUUUUGCUAUCAGACAGCCUUUUCUGUGAGGAAAGAGAAGUUCUACUGCUUGUUGUUUCAAUCGCUCUGGCCCACCAGCGUCCAUGGACAAAAACAGCAAUUUUACCUGACAGCACACAGGAGUUGCUGGUUUCCUGCUGCCUUGAUCAGUAAGUGUAAUUGUGUUAUUUGGUGACUUUGGUGUUAGUUCAGGUUAGUUCAGAUUUACCAAAGUCACACAAACAAACUGAGUCUAUCGUGCGUGUCGGUGGCAGGAAUGUGCUGACUGCUGUCUACUGUGUGUAAUACACUCACAAUGUACUUCAUACUUAAAAAAACCUAAACUAUCACUUUAACACAAACAAACUUGAAUCAGAGCAUGACUGUCAAAAUGUUCAGUCUUUUUGAGACAGAUUUACAGGGGUGUUUUAUGUCAUUUAUUUUAUGGAGGCAACAAUUUUGUCUGCUAUUGAAAUGUCAAUGACUCUGGAAUGGUGUUCUAAUAAACAGUUUGAU